CAAAAAAACAAAAGAAACUGUGAUAUUGAUCUUCUUUCCAUUGUUAAAUCCUCCUUUCAAUGGAUUCUUUAUUUUUCCUUACCACUGUUGCUGCUGCAAUUGGCUUCUUCACCCUUUUGAGAAAAGUCAGAGUCCAUCAAGAUAACACAGAAAAUAAUUUGCCUUCUUCAACACUUCCAUUAUCUCCAUCUUCUUUCUCUGUUUCAUCUUCUUUAUCUUGCAUCUGGGCUCACCAUGUCUUUCCCAGCUUCCGCGGGGAAGAUGUCCGUAGAGACUUCCUCAGUCACAUUCAGAUGGAGUUUCAAAGAAUGGGAAUCACCCAAUUCAAUGAUAAUGAUAUCAAAAGAGGAGAAUCCAUCAGUCCUGAGCUCAUUCGGGCUAUUAGAGGGUCUAAGAUCGCUAUUAUCUUGCUCUCUAGAAACUACGCUUCUUCAAGAUACAUAAAGAGAUGGACACAAGCCUUGGCAGAAGUGGCCACAAUAGCUGGUUAUCAUUCAAGCAAUUGGGAUAAUGAAGCAUUCAUUAUCAGGAAAAUCGCCAUUGAUAUUUCAAACAUAUUGAUUAAUUCCACACCUUUUGACGAGUUAGUUGGGAUGAGCACACAUUUGGAAAAGAUGGAACCAUUGUUAUGUCUAGAGUCAGAUGAAGUGAGGAUGAUUGGGAUUUGGGGUCCUCCUGGGAUUGGGAAGACCACCAUUGCUAGAGUUAUAUACAGCCAACUCUCCCACAGUUUCCAACUGAGUGUUUUUAUGGAGAAUAUCAAAGCAAACUAUACAAAACCUUGUUCCGAUGAAUACAAUGUCAAGUUGCGAUUACAACAACAGUUUAUGUCUCAAAUCACCAACCAUAAGAAUAUGGAGAUUUCUCAUUUAGGAGUUGUCCAAGAUAGACUGAAAGACAAGAAAGUUCUUGUCAUUCUUGAUGGUGUGGACAAGUCAGUACAACUAGAUGCAAUGGCAAAAGAAACUAGGUGGUUUGGUCGCGGGAGCCGAAUUAUAGUUACAACACAAGAUUGGAAACUUUUUAGAGCACAUGAGAUUAACCAUAUUUACAAGGUAGAUUUUCCGCCGGCAGAUGAGGCUCUUCAAAUUUUCUGUAUGUAUGCUUUUGGUCAAAAGUCCCCUAAAGAUGGUUAUGAGGAACUUGCUUGGAAAGUUACGAAUCUUGUUGGUAAACUCCCUUUGGGCCUAAGGGUUAUGGGAUCCUAUUUUCGAGAAAUGUCCAUAGAAGAGUGGACAAAGUCACUACCAAGAUUACAGACUAACCUCAACCCUGAUAUUCAAAGCAUUUUAAAGUUCAGCUAUGACGCUUUAGAUGACGAAGAUAAAGAUUUAUUUCUUUAUGUAUCAUGUUUUUUCAACGGUGAAAUUAUUCUGAACGUGGAAUACAAUCUUGCAAAGGAUUUCGUGGAAGUGGGGCAAAGACUUGACGUUUUAGUUGAGAAAUCUCUCAUAUCUUUUAAUGGGGAUCGUCUUAAAUGUGGACGUAUAAGCAUGCAUAGUUUGCUGCAGACGCUAGGUUCAGAAAUUGUUCGGCGGCAUUCUAUUAAUGAGCCUGGACAGCGCCAGGUCUUCGCUGAUAUACCAAAGAUAAUUCAAGUACUGAAGAGUGGUAAAUUAGGUAGAUUUGCCUACUGGGAUUGGGCAAACAGUAGAGAUAUUGCAUUGGGUAGAAAGGCCUGGCCGACCCCGGAUACGAAACAGAUCUCGUUUUGGUAGUUAAACCCGAAAAAUGCCAAGCAGAUCUUAUGCUUGUUAAGACUCCAUGUUAUGCUUUGUUUGUCUCUGAACGUAACCCAACAUGUGAUGUAACAGAUAGAGAGCAAAUUAGAAGAAUGCUUUGUUUCCUUUCUAAUGUACUCUAUCUUUGUUAUUGGAACUGGCUGUCCCGUUUAGGUUGCUCAAAACAAUUUCAUAAAAAGUUAGAAAAUUUUUCUUUUCUCGGCA